UCGGUUUGGUAUUGAUAAUUGAUCUGAUGAAGCUUCGGUGACUGAUGACCUGCGCUCUGGGAGGACAUUGCUUUUGUUCGUUCCUGUCUGCUGGGCCAGUUACGGUUCCGGUCCGUCAUGGUCCGACCGGAAAUCUGAACUGAUAAACAGAAGCUGAUCGAUGCGCGCGGAGCUGAAUGAGAGGAUUGAUCAGCAAUGGAGGACCGGGUCUCCGAGCCCAGCCUGGUUCUGGUCUUCAGCGGGAAGCGGAAGUCCGGAAAAGAUUACGUGACGGAGCUGAUCCAGAAGAGGUUGGGCUCUGACGUCUGCUGCAUCCUGCGCCUGUCUGGACCCCUAAAGGAGCAGUAUGCUCAGGAACAUGGUCUGGACCUGGACCAGCUGAUGGGUCCUGGACCUUAUAAGGAGCAGUAUCGGGCUGACAUGAUUCGCUGGGGAGAAUCUCGCCGCCGCCAGGACCCUGGCCUCUUCUGUCGUCUGGCGAGCAGAGGAGCUCACCAACCAGUGUGGGUAGGUGGUGAGCGAUGCGCGGCGGCUCUCAGACCUGCAGUGGUUCCAGGCAGAGUUUCCUCAACAGACUCAAAGUGUCAGAGUUCAAAGUUCAGAAAACACCAGGUCACAGAGGGGGUGGAGCUUCACUGCAGGUGUCGACGAUGCGGAGUCGGAGUGCGGUCUGGACAGCGGAGUUGAAUUUGAUUGGAAUGUAAUUAAUGAGGCCGACGCCCCCUCGUUGGACGAGCAACUGCGUCCAAUCUUGCAGCUCGCUGAGGAAGCAGCUUCAUCAUCAUCAGUAAAUCGAAACUGAUCAUCAAUGACUGAUCAGGUGGUCCCGCCCACAGAACUAACGGGUUGACUGAACCUGCAGCUCAGGUGUUUCAGAGCAGCUGCUGCAGGUGGUCUGGCAUCUUUUUAAAGAAAGGAGGACGGCGUGCUUUCAGCAGCAUGAACCACAAAACUUUAUUGUUCAGCUGAUCAAUAAAGUUUUAUUUAACACCUG